GACAGAAUGUUAUUGUCAUAGUCCCAGGAGCCAACCUGCUUUUAAAUUUUGAAGACCUGAAGAGGGCUUCUGAUGUCAUCUGUAAAGCUAAAGUGGUUGUUUGCCAGCUAGAAAUAACCCCUGCUGUUUCUCUUGAAGCUCUGAAAAUGGCACGUGCCAGUGGAGUAAAGACUUUAUUUAAUCCAGCUCCAGCCCUUGCUGACCUAGAUCCACAAUUUUAUACCCAUUCUGAUAUCUUCUGCUGCAAUGAAACUGAGGCAGAAAUUUUAACGGGCGUCCCAGUUGGCAAUCUUGAAGAUGCGGAAAAGGUGGGACACAUGCUGUUAGAAAGAGGGUGUAAGCUCGUAAUUGUUACUCUUGGAGCAGAAGGCUGCAUGAUGAUAUCAGGAGAAGAACCCAUUCCAAAGCACAUUCCUGCUGGGAAGGUCAGGGCUGUGGACACUACGGGAGCUGGAGACAGUUUUGUGGGAGCACUGGCCUUCUACCUGGCUUACUAUCCCAAGUUACCCAUGGAGGAAAUGAUCAGGAAGUCUAACCGUGUCGCAUCAGUGAGCGUCCAGGCAUCGGGGACACAAUCUUCAUAUCCUUACAGGAAGGACUUGCCUCAGGACCUUUUCUAA